AUGGUCGCGUCGACGGUCCAUACCGACAGCGAGUCGGACGGCGAGCGUUCGCCUCCUCCCUCGCCCGUCUCUCCUCUUGCUCCUCUUUCGCACAAGUCGCCUUCCGGUCUGGCCGUUCCUCAGCGUGUCGGCAACUUCGAGCUCAUCGCCCAUCACCAGCUCGAGGUCCCGCCUUACAUCCAGAUCGCCAAGUACCGCAGUACAAAGAGCGGACUCAAGGUCAUCUGGGCAGACUGUCCGGGCACAAUAUGUCAUUUCUGGACGACCCUGGUCACCGAAGUCUUCAGCUCGAACGGCACGCCGCACACGAAGGAACACCUCACGUUCACGGCGUCAAAGCAUUGGCCGUUCUCUGGUGUUCUCGAUGCGCUGUCGAAUCGUGUUCUUUCGCAAGGUGUCAAUGCCUGGACCGACAUCGACAAAACGACCUACACUUUCGAAUGCGCUUCCGCCGAGGGCAUGCUCAAGAUCGUCCCCGUUUACCUCGACCACAUCCUCUUCCCGCUCAUGACGCCCGAGAUCUUCAAGACCGAGAUCUACCACGUGGACGGCACUGGCCACGAGGGCGGCGUCGUUUUCAGCGAGAUGCAGGGCAACGAGGGGAGCGAAGGAUCCGUCCUCGACCUCGGGCUACGCCGCGUGCUCUACACUCGCGACAAUGCGUAUCGGUCCGAGACUGGCGGUCAGCUGGACGCUCUUCGCAAGCUCACGCUCGAGAACAUCAAGGACUUUCACGGACAGAUGUACGUGCCGCAAAACAUGACGGUCGUCGUCACCGGCGAGAGCAUCGAUCCGGCACAGCUCCUUCGCACGCUGGGCGAGACGGAGGAGGCCAUCGCGGAGGCAGGACUGGCGAAAGGACCUCGUCCUCCCGGCUGGAUUCGGCCUUUCGUCGAGUCGAGGACGGCUCGUAGUGAUCCCGUACUCGUGCGCGACAUCGUCAAGAAGGUUGAAUACGCAGACUCGGACGAGAGUGUCGGUGUGGUUUACCUCGCCUGGAUCGGUCCUUCGGUCGACGACCUCGUCACUUGCGCCGCUCUCGACCAUCUGCUCGGCUACCUCUUCGAAGGCUCGGACUCGCCUGUCUGCAAGAAGUUCAUCGAGAUUCCAAACCAGAAGUUCUCGGGCUGCGACACCAACCGAGACGUCCGCGACCCCAACAUCCUCAGCGUCUGCCUCUCCGCUGUACCUGUCUCCAGCAUCGACGCGACGGCUGGCGAAAUUCUCGACUUCCUCGGCCAACUCUGCCACGUCCCGAUUGACAUGCACCGGAUCCAGGUCGGGUUCAAACAGACGCGGCUGCAGCUCCUCGACACGCUCGAAGGCUCGUCAUCGAGCUACGUCUUCGACUCGGUCAAGCAGGACAUUAUUUACGGCGCCGAAGACGGCUCGACGCUCAAGGACGUCUUCAACGACCUGGAAGUGCUCGAGCGUCUCGCCAAGUUUCGCGAGAAGGACUGGAAGCGGCUACUCGAGCAGUGGCUCGUCGACGCUCACGCCGUCACGCUUGUCGCUGUUCCUUCCGCCGAGCUCGCCAAGGAGCAGGCGGCAGAGACCGCAACCCGCGUUGCGGCCAACCGACAGCGGCUCGGCCCUUCAGGUCUCGCUCGUCUUGCUGCCGACCUGGUGUCCGCAAAGGCCGCGAACGACCACCCUGCGCCCAAGUCGCUCGUCGGGUCCUUCUCCGUCCCCGACUACACGAAGAUUGCCUUGCCCACGGUCGAGACCGCUCGCAGCAACGGCGUCGCAGCCGGCAAGGAGUCUUUUCCGGGCCCGUUGCAGCGCAAGAUCAAUCGCGACGUCGACCUGCCCUUCUUCGUCCAAUUCGACCACUAUGAUUCGAGCUUCGUCACGGUCUCCGUGCACCUCUAUGGCCCUCCCGUUGAGCUGUUCUCGCUGUGGAACUCCUGCUUCUUCGCCAUGCCCGUCAAGCGUUUUGACGGGCGGGUAUUGCCGUUCCAGGAGGCGUACCGGCAGCUCACCGAUCUCGCCAUCGAGAUCGAGGCGGUGGUCGAGUCCGAGGGCGUCCGAGUUGCGAUUAGGGUACCAACAAAGGAUUACGAGGAAGCCGUCGGGUGGUUGGCGGACAGCUUGUUCGGGAUGCAGUUCGACAAGGACCGCCUUACGACGCUCAUUCACAGUGCGCUGCAGACGCUACCGGACGAGAAGCAGGACGCGGCAAGCAUCACCGGCGAGGUCAUCGGGUCGCUCAUCUUUUCGGCGGGCAGCGUCUAUCACCCGCUCAACCUGCUCACGCGCGUCGACGCCUUCCCCAAGCUUCUUGGACGCCUCAAGAGCGACGCGAAAGGGUUGAUUCGGGACCUCGAGAAGCUGCAGGAAACGAUGCUCGAUCCUCGCGCCAUGCGUAUGCACGUCUCGGGCGACGUGAUGAGCCUGCCGAACCCGACGUCGCCGUGGGCUCGGUAUUUCAAGCGCCUCCAGCCCUUCCCUGAGAAGCAGCUCGCGCAUCUUCUGCGGAGUCGUGAUCUGCUCACAGACCUCGGCCAGAACCCGGCUCGCAAGGCCGUCUUCUACACGAUUCCUUCGAGCGAGUCGACUUACCUCGUAACUCGAUGCGCCUGUCCCGACUGGUCCGCGACCGACUACCAAGGACUUUCCGUCGCCGCCGCAGCCCUCGGCACCGCAAACGGAUUGCUCUGGAACGCCGUGCGAGGCAACGGACUCGCCUACGGCGCGGGUAUGGGCCUGAAUGUGGAGGCUGGCCUUUUCGGCUUUAACAUUUUCCGGUCUCCCGACGCCUUUGCGGCGUUCGAGGCGGCACGAGACCUCGUCGACAACAUCGUUUCGGGCAAAGUCAAGAUCACGGAAGCCGACGUCGACGCGGCCAAGUCGUCCCUCGCCUACUCGAAGAUCGCAUCGAUGAACACUCUCGCUUCCGUUGCGAGCGCUUCCUUCGAGGAGGUCAUCUUUGGUCGUCCGCCACACUUCGUGCAGCGCAGCCUCGAGAAGAUGAAGGCCGUCACGCUCAAGGACGUCCUCGACGCUAUCGAGUUGCACAUCGUCAAGCUCUUCGACCCGAAGUCGAGCAUUUUGGCGGUUUCGACGAACGAGGAAAAGCGGGCGGAGCUCGUGGCCAACUUCCGCAAGGCGGGCUACGAGGUCGAGGAGCGUCGUUUCUGA